GUUAUACUGUGGUUAUACUGUGGAAGAGUUUCUGCUUUUACCUUUGAGUGUAUUAUAUACUCAAUGGCUUUUACGUGAUUUCGUUUAUAAUUCUCAGAGGGUUAGGUUAGGUUAUGUGUGUGUCGUAGUCGUGUAGUGACAAAAUGAGCAACGUGGACGAAACGUCAAACGAGCCGAUACUAUACGAACUAUUAGAAUAUUUCGUUCGCAAGCAGGAACCGGAAUUGAUAAAAUGCAAGAACGACGCGGCUGUCCUCCCGGCUACUGGCACAAUAAAAAAUGCCCUCAGGUACCUCAACAACAGGUACUCCCUACCUGAGAGCAUCUCGCAACAAGUUAGUCUCACGCUACCGUGGAAGUUUGCGGUCGGGGAUCACGGUCGGGUACUUGCUAUUUUACAGGAGAACAUCAUUGAGAUACGAAAGGCCAAAGAUGAAUAUUCCUCUAUAGUAGGGAAGGCAUCUGCUCCAAAGGAUGCCUUUCCUCAAUGGCGUAAGCUUGCUUGGAGUCCUGACGGAAUGAUUUUAGUAUUGGCAUCUAGUAGCGGUUAUACGUCCUUUUACAAUGCACUAGGAAAUAAUAUCUUUAACAUAAGUCCAAAAACGAUUUCGUCAAGCCCUCAUAUUCUUGAAGCUGGCGACGCUAUCGCAUCCAUGUUGUUCCUUAAGCCAAGAAUAACGAAUGAAAAAUGGGCCUAUGAAUUCAUUUUAAUUUCGUACAGUGGAUUGCUCAGUUCUUAUCAUAUUUCUACAAGUGGCUUCAGCGCAAAUUACGACUUUUCUUUCGGCAAUUUUUACAAAAAUGGUGUCAACGUCGUUGCCUAUGAUAAAAAACACAACUUGUUUUAUGUUGCUGGAAAUAUGAUAACUCAAAAAUUGACUUCCGCUGCAUCCGAGUCUGGAUUAACUUCAUGGCGACUCUUGAAUGAUUAUCCAUAUUGCAAAUUAUCAUUUACAUUUGAAGACUCUGCUACCAGCAAUUCGAGGUUUUCUAUAUGGAAUUUAAUCCCAAUCUUUAGUUUUCAAUCUGAAUCGAUUAUAUUUUCAAUAAAAAUUUCACCAAAUGGCGAGUUUCUGGUGUGCCUGCAUACAGAUGGUUUAGUCUCGCUGUGGGGUUUGCCAAAUUUAGUAUUACAAAAAAAAUGGAAGUUGUCUGAGCAACCGGAGUAUAAUAUACCUAACCCUUUGGGACUUACCAAAUCUAAAAAAUUUCCACUAGGAUUUACUGAAUUUCAUCCAAUUGAUAUUGGUUGGUGGUCUGAUCAGGCUAUAAUAAUAGCUCGAUAUUCAGGCUCCACUUCAGUCUGCUCCACGUGGAAUUUGAAAAAUCUACUUGGCGUUAGUCCAGAAUUUCUAGCAGGACAACCACAAGUAUGCGAGCUUGGUUUAGAAAAAGGAUUUUUAUGUUUAGAUUGCGAAACCUUUAUUACAAGUAAAAAACGAAGUAGAGAACCCAACGAUGGUCAUUUAUCAGAAGCCUCGUCUGAAAGCGAGAAGGAUGACGACGAGUUGGAACCUGUUACUAUAUUAAAUUAUACUACGAAUUUGGUACAAAGUACGUUGUAUUCAAUAACCGAUAUUGAAAGAUUUCAACCAAAGAGAAAAAAAUCGAAAAUAUUGCAUCGAACUUAUAGAAUUUUGGGCUUAAAAAGUACGACUCCGGAAGAACUCUAUUCUAGGAAAAUAGACAUUGAGGAAUACGAAGAAGCUUUAGCUUUAGCAAACACAUAUAAUUUGGAUACAGAUCUGGUGUAUCAAACGCAGUGGAGAAAAUCAGAAUUAUCCUUGAAUGCCAUUGCAGAACAUUUAAGUAAAAUAAGCAAAAGAUCGUGGGUCUUGAAUGAAUGCGUUGUACGCGUCCCCGAUACUAUGGAAGCUGCAAGGGAACUGUUAAAUUUCGGAUUGAGAGGCGCAAAUCUAGAAACUUUAAUAGCUAUCGAUACUUGCGACAAUGACAAAUUUGUAACUCCUGAUACAGACAACGAUUGGCAAGCACUAGAUCAAAUCACUAUAAAUUUAAGACAGGUGCAGAAAGUCAAUGAAAUGCUUGAAAAAAUAGACAUAAAAAAUUUGUCUGAGGCCCAGAAAGAUUUAAUUAAGUAUCGGAGGAAACUUCUAAAUCAUUUAGACAAAUUACUCACGUAUGAAAUUAUAUUAGAGUCUCCACUCAAAUACAAAAAAGAAUUUUACGAAGAGUUUCGAAGAUUAUCACCUGUUGAAAAUGCAAUAAGAUUUGCCAAAGAUAGUGAUUACCGAGCUGUUGAAAUUAUGUUUACCUAUUAUGGAGAAAGUUUGUUGCCUCAUUGGCUAGCAAUUAUUAGUUUCUUUCCAGAAACUCUGAAUACAUUAGAUUAUCAAAAACUGCUACCAGAAUGCGAUUCAGAAGGUCAAUUAUUUUUAUUAGAUCAACGUGAAUUGCGACAAAAAGAUUGGUCAGAAAAAUAUGAGCUUAACGAAAUAAUAAAUCUCGAUUUAGACGAUCGAUCAUCAGAAAUAUUAUAUGAGUUGGAUCCUUCAUUGUUCAUAUAUAAAAACAAACAACUUACAUCUGAUUUAUUGCAAAAAUGGUAUAAGACUCGUGCUUAUGAAAUAGAAAAAAAUAGCUUUUUAGUAGACAAUGCUUUACAAUUAGUUAAAAUUGGAAAAUCUCAUAAUAUUAAAGGCCUGGAAGAUUUGUUAUUAGAAUUGGAAACUUUAAACGAUCUUGUAUAUAUAGUACAUCUGGAGGAUAUGACAUUAGAUAAAUUUGAGAAAUUGAGCAACAUGGAGAAGAUAAAACUUUUGAUGAGUACAUCCAACGAAGUUAAUUUUGUUGAAAAUAUAAAAAAUCUUUUAUUGCCUUUUAUUAAACGAAGGCAUCAAUAUUUGGGUGGAGGUCUUCAGAAAUGCUUAUUAAGUGAUUACCUAAUCUGCUUAAGCAAAGACGAUUUGAUGUUUCCAGUUAAAUUUUUCGAGUAUUUAAAACAGACGCAAGACAUUGAAAUAAUUGAAUUGAUAGAUGAUGUUGCCACUUUAGCUUUAGAUUGCAUAUAUGCCUGUGACGAUCUUGACAUGUAUGAAAAAGCGAAAGCUAUCUUGGAUUCAAUAUCGAAAGAUGAUGGUGGAAAAAUGACAAAUUCAAUAUGCAACUUAUUAGAAGAAUGUGAAGGAGAACUUGAUUGCGUUAAACUUUUAAGCAAAUACGGUGUAAAAACAACGUUAAAAUUUAUACGAGAGAACAGAAACGAUCCUGAUGUUGCUAGAUCACUGUUAGUUCAAACAGCAAGAAGUUUAAAUAAAAGUUUGCUACCGCCAGAUGAAAGGGAAUGGGCACAAUUAUUAAACGACAUGUUAGAUAUACAUGGAUUGAUCUUUUCAUGUAUUGCUGUUGAAACCUGUUUCGAAAUAUGCGUUUCGGCCCGCUUACUUUCAAGAAUUAAAUGUACUAUUCGUAAUUGUGCUACCUUAAUAGAAACUAAGAAAAAUGAGAAAUCUUUGUUAAAAGUAUCAUACGAGAAAGCGGUUGACCUUAUAUUAGAAGUGUCUAAAGAAUAUUUUAAUGGUUCAAGAACGCUUACGGAUCCACACAUGGAAUUAGCUAAGACUUGCCUCGAUCUUAUCGAAGAUGAUAACGUAAAAAUUAAAGAAGAAUAUGAUCUUAUUAAGUCGCUUCAAAUAUUGAAUGAAUUCCAUAUUGAUAUAUUACCCCUUCAAGUUAGAUUAACAGUAGAUAGAUUAACUUUGAUCGAACACUGUUUAAAUAAUCAAAGAGACGCUUACAGAAAUCGACAAAAGUUAUUAACGUUAGCAACUUAUUUACGAAUUGAAGGAAAUAACAGUCGACUUCGCGAAGGAAAGAUUUCGGAACUGAUAGCUAAAAAAGCACUUGAGAUUGAAGAUUAUAAUACAUGUGCCACGAUAUGUAUGCAAUUAGCAAAAAACAAUUAUCUUUCUGCCUGGGAAAUUUGUUUAAAUUUGGGACGUUGUGAUAAUUAUCGGGAUUUAAAAGUUAGGCAAAAGUGUCUAUGGUUUGCAGUAAAUAAUGGUCCCAGUGAUAUAUUGGGUAAUGCUUUAGAACACGUACAUUUGUUGGAAAUACAAAUGCUGCAUAAGAAUUUGGAAUUGUGGAUGCCCUCUGCGGAAUUUGAAAGUUUAAAAGAUGAAGAAAGUGAUACAAGCGAUGAUGAUUUUACAGAUGCCAUGACAACGCCACAGAUAGAAGUGAAAGAGUUUGUUCCAAAAAUGUUGGAAACUUCAACAGGAAUUGUUAGAAAUUCAGCUAACAUCAUGAAAGAAUCUACAUUUGGCUUGAUAAGAAAUAUCAGUAAUACAAAUUUUUGGAAAUCUAGACUGAAUCUUAACUUCAAAAAUGAUUUAGAAACUAGUACACAACAUGAAUCUGAGAUUGAACAAACCGAGGAAGAUGCCAAUCUUCAAAGUUUUCCAUGCUAUUAUGAAUCUUUACACGGAUUGUGUAGGAUAAGUGUUAAUGAGACAAGAUAUAAUAAGUAUUCUAUGAUAGAUAUAGAAAAUACGAAGUUAAAAUGUUGCCGAGCGCUUUUAAGAAUUACCAUAUUGAGUGAAUCCUCCUGUUAUGGUCUAGAAAUAAGUGACAUUAAUCAUUUGCUUCUAGAAUGUGCAAAGCACACUAUGCCAGACGAUUGGUUACUUGGUAUGGCGUAUCUAUUGAGUUUAAAUAGAGAUUGCCUCUUGGAUGCUCAGGCAAUCUUUACGGAUUUACCGCAAACUGAAUUGUAUAUUCAGACUGCGCUUUACUACUAUUCAUUAGAGCUGUAUAAGAAAUUGUACACUGAUUGUGAAAAGUUGUAUUUAUACAAUCCAUUAGACCUAAUGAAAAUUAUGAUAGUUGCAGCACAAAAGUCUGAAGAAUGUGAUAUUGUUAAAGCGUUACAAUAUUGGCAGAGUUAUUUACUCGGUGGAGCACAAGUUACUAGUGUAAAACAAGCGGAAAUAAAAGAUAUAAGUACUUUAGAAAUGGGACAGAGUAGUAUCCAUGUAUAUUCCGAUGAAAAGACUGCGAAAACUUCGAAAUUCAUAAAUGAAGAGCAAGAUUCUGCAGAAUAUAUCGAUGUUAAUAAUACUCCAUCAAAUUCUAAGGCAGAUGAGGAUCUAAAAAUGGCUAUCUCAGAUGAUAUUGAUGCCGUAGAAUGGACGGAUGAUUGGGGUGAUUUUUCCGAUGAUAGCAUGGAAGCAAACAGCGAUAAGAAGGAUAAAAUUAGAUACGAAGGAAUAUCGCAAGAACAAACUGUUCUUUCACUUGAUCGUACCAUUGCUGAGUGCGUAACAGAGGAAGAUCGAUUUAAAUUAUUUCAUAAACGGUUUAAUCAAAUCAAUAAUUUAGAGCAAUAUCAGCAAGUGAAAAGAAUAAUAUUGCAGUGGCCGAAAUUUAAUAUGCCAGAUCAUAUCACGAUAGAUAACCAUCCAAUUUUGAAAAUGAUGAAAGUGAUAGCUGCGCUUAUAGAAACGAAUACACCUGAUUUUGAAAAAAGGAUAUUACAAGAGUAUGAGGAACUCAUUAAAUUAUUAACAUCUAAGGAGAUCCUCAAACAGUUCUUGGAGCUCGAACAAGAUCACAUUAGCUUUGUACAAAGCCUCUACAUAAGAUUAUGCUCUCAGAACGUGUCGAUGCAUGAAGAAGCAGUAAAUCUCAUUAAAGAACAACAGACUAUUGUGCUACCAUCAUUAGUACUGGAGAAACUUUUCCUAAAUGAUCUAACAGCAUUGUUUAGACCAGAUCACGUUGUAUACAAACAGAUAAUUGAACAUGUCUUUAUAAACGAGUCCCUAACUGGCAUUGAGAGACAUGCGAAAAUACUCAUACACGAGUUAAAGAAACAGAAAUAUAUAUUAGAAGCUUUGUAUAUUAUAAAAUUAAUGGAGAGAAUACCGUCGGCCUUGUGUACAUUCGAUACUUGUUUUCAGCUAUUAAUGCAGGAAUGAAUUUGUACCGAAUGUAAAAAAAGCUGUGAUGCAUAUUGAAUAUAUGUACAUAUAUAAAUAUUCUGGAGGUUAUAGAACAAGUAUUUAUUAUAAGUAAUCUUUUUUUUAUAUAAAAAUUUUUACAAGACGUGCAUGCAGAAUUAAAGUUGCCUCAGUUACAAAGUUCAGUAUAUUUCGUCGUAAUGAAAAAAUGUAAAGAGGACUGAAACAAUUUUAAAUCUUCCUCCCACAAAGUUUUCUGUGACCAUAUUUUAAAAGAUUUAUAUCACUUUUGUAUAUACGAAAAGAAUUUAUUUGUAAAUAUAAAUAUAAAUAUAUUAUAAAUUGCAUUGUAAAAAAUAAUAUGAGUUUGAUGAAGAAAUUCCAAUACUGUCUAA